CACACGUCCUUCCCCCCCAAACGCCACACCCUUGGCGCGCCGCCCCCACUCCUCUUCCCCUACCCGAUCAAUCGACCACGUCACGCUCCACGUUUCACCUCGUCUGCACGUGCCUCACCGCCUAUAUACAUGCGCCCAUCCCGGGCUAUCGAGAGGACGAACCAAGUCAAGCCACUGAGAAACCUGCGGAAUAUCCCAUCACUUCAUCAGUGAUCAGCAGCGGGGCGUUGGCUAGAGCUUGCUAGUAGUAAUACGGUGGCGUGUGCUAGCUGCAGACUAGUGGCAAUUAACCCUUCAUACGAUCUCGUGCGAGCCAUGGGUGCGCCGGCCGGCUUCGUGGUGAUGGCCUCGGUGGUGUUGGCCGUUUCUCUGUGCGGCGGCGUGGGCCGGGCGCAGGACAUGGACAACGAGUGGGCACGCUACCGUGGCUUCUUCGGCGGGGGAGGCACUCUGCUGCCGCAGUCGGACGUGGACCUGCUGGAGUUCCCGCUGAACCUCGAGUACCUGGAGGCGGAGUUCUUCUGCUGGUCGGCUCUCGGCUACGGCCUGGACGGCAUCGACGUCAACCUCACGGGCGGUGGCCCGCCCCCCGUGGGCGCCCAGACCGCCGCCCUCACCCCUUUCGUCCGCGACGUUGCCACUCAGUUCUGCUACCAAGAAGUCGGCCACCUCAGGGCGAUCAAGCAGAACGUGAGGGGGUUCCCGCGGCCGCUGCUGGACAUCAGCGCGACCAACUUCGGCAAGAUCGUGGAGCAGGCGAUGAACACGACGCUGGACCCGCCCUUCAACCCCUACGAGAACAGCCUCAACUUCCUCAUCGCCUCCUACAUCAUCCCCUACGUCGGCCUCACCGGCUACGUCGGCGCCAACCCCAAGCUCCUCACCCCUCAGGCCAGAAGGCUGGUGGCGGGGCUGCUGGGCGUGGAGUCGGCGCAGGACGCGGUGAUCCGGGCGCUGCUGUACGAGCGCGGGUUGUCGCGGGUGGCGAGCUACGGCGUCGGGGUAGCAGAAGUCACGGCGCACAUCUCGGAGCUGCGGAACGAGCUGGGGAGGAGAGGGGUGAAGGACGAGGGGCUGGUGGUGGCGCCGGGGGAGGGGCCCGAGGGGCAGACCGUGGGGAACAUCAUCGCCGGCGACCGAUUCUCCCUCGCCUACGACCGCACGCCCGAGGAGAUCCUCGGCGUCGUGUACGGCACGGGGAACCCUGCCCAGGCCGGCGGGUUCUUUCCCCAGGGCGCCGACGGCCGCAUCGCCAGGGGGCUCCUCAUGUAGUCGAUCGAUCGGGCCGGAGGCAGGGAUGUGAUGUCAGUAAGGAUUGUUGUGUUCUCGCAAGCUGUAGACUAUAACAUCGUACUACUUGUGUGUGUUGUCCUUGUGGGUAAAAUUGGGGUAUGUACAACAUGAUGCUAAUAAUCAAUAAAAGGACUUAUGCAAUGCAAAAUACAGAGAUAGUGGUUUUUUUUUC